AUGUCAAAAAAGCCAAAGCUAAGUUCUCCUCUAAUCGAAUUUAUUCUAAAUACUGAAAGCGGAAUCAUUAAAAAUACCGAAAUCCUCAAAACGCAGCUUAAUUUACACUCAUUAACCUACCGAGUAAACUCUGAAUGCACAAGCUAUGACUAUUCCAAAUUAUUUUUCAAAUGGGCAUUCGAAUAUUAUGAGAAUUUCGAUUUAAUGCUCCAAGGUAACAAGCAGUAUGACCAGCCAAAUCCUGAUGAUCUCUAUUUACUGUCAGACGAAUCUUUAAUGUUAAAAUCAAUUAACCUGAACUCCCAAAAAGAUGACCAAUUAUGAGAACCUGUAAUUUUACCAAAUUUUACGUUAUCUGCAAUGAAGGAGUCAGAAAUUUCAAGAAAAAAUAUUAUAAAGACUAUUAUUGAGCUAAAAGGAGGAUAUUUCAAUGAUAGCAAAAUAAUGGACCAAAUUGCAUGUGAGUUUGCCAGCUUUCGGGCUAUAAAAGUAAAACUGUUGUCAAAUCCUGAUAAAUGAGUUGUUUUUAGCAUAGAAAUAAACCGUUUUCCUGUCCUUGUAGAUGGCAUACUUGAUGAAUUUAUUUGUAUCCAGCUUAUAAAACUUAUUGAUUUAGCUGAUACAUAUAGUAAAUGCAUAAAAAUCGCGAGUGCGUAUCUUCAAGAAAUAAAAGGCGUCCCAGAAUUGUGAGUUCCGAAAUGAAUGAAAUUUUUUAAUAGUUUUUCUUAUGUCAAACAAUACAAAACUAUACCAGCUACCUUUAGGGCAGUAAAGCUUUAUCCUGCUGAGAGGGCGCGGUAUAGGUAUAUUUCUGAAAUAAAAAGAUGGAGAAAAGGCCAAAAACAAAAAGUCUGGUCAAUUGCAGGGAAAAGCUCAAAUAGUAUUUCUCAAGAAAAUAGUCAAAUUAUAAGCCAGCUGGCCAGUCAAGAAAGCUGUUCACAGUUUAUCAAAAUGAUGGAAAAAUUAACAAGUUUUAAAUUCAGGCUAAGUGACGAAGAAAAAGCAAUCAUAAGUGAGUCUUCAAACCAGUUGGCAAUCGGCCGCUCUGGCACUGGGAAAACGACUUCUUUAAUUCUCAGGAUGUUUGCUGCAGAAAUGGUUUUUAAAAAAAAAUCAAAAAUUAAUCUGCAUAACUCUGGGAUGUUAGAAACUAGCAAUUUGACGACAGAUGACGUCAGGAAAAAGGUAAAUCUGCAUCAAGUUUUUAUUACUGUAAGCCCAGUCUUAGUAUUUGAGGUGAAAAGACUAUAUGAUAAUUUGUAUAGGCAGCUUGAAGCUGCAAUAAGAAGAGAAGAAUUUAACGAAGCUGCAGGGGAGCUUAAUGACCAUUUUUUUAACCCAAAUGAAGACUCAGAUAUAAAUCUCCCUAACUCUUUGCUUAAUUUUGAAGAUGAGCAUUUUCCUGUAUUUAUUCCAAUUUUUAAUUUUUUGACCAGAGUAGAUGCAACCCUUGAAGUCCCAUUUUUUGCUGUAGGAGAAGAAAAUAAGGAAGAAAAUAUAGCUUACCACCUUAUGAAAAGAAAUAUGAAGGUAAGAAACUUAUAUACACCUAAUGGUUUUGUAAAAUUCUCUACAUUUGAAAUAGAUUAUGAUUAUUUUUCUUACCAUUUCUGGCCAAGACUGAGAAGCUUGAUAGGGAUUUCUCCUAUCACAAUAUGAGCAGAAAUAAGCUCAGUAAUCAAAGGAAGCCCAGAAGCAUAUAAAGACAGAGAUGGGCACAUCCAAAAGGAAACUUAUAUAAAUUUAGGGAAAAAACAGUCACAAAUAGAUACUGAAAAAAGAUAUUUUUGUGCAGUAUGAAGAAUGGAAAAAAAAGCAAAAUGCCUAUGAUUUUCCAGAUUUGGUGAAUUAUGUGCUAAAAACUAUUGAUAA